GAGCGGAAAGAAUGUCGGAGCGGGCCGCCGAUGACGUCAGGGGGGAGCCGCGCCGCGCGGCGGGCGGAGCCGCGGGCGCCCGGCAGCAGCCCCAGCCUGCGCAGCCCCAGCGGCAGCAGCCGGCGCCGCGGCGCCCACGGCCGGACGACGGGGGCCCGGGCGCCGCCGCCGCCGCCGCCUCCUCCUCCUCCUCCUCCUCCUCGGCCGCCGCCGCCUCCACCUCGGCCGCCGCCAUGGCGACGGCGGGGGAGCGCAGGCCCCUGCCCAGUCCCGAAGCGAUGCUGGGGCAGCCGUGGGCGCUGUGGGUCGAGGCUUCCAAACUUCCCGGGAAGGACGGGACGGAACUGGACGAAAGUUUCAAGGAGUUUGGGAAAAACCGCGAAGUCAUGGGGCUCUGUCGGGAAGACAUGCCGAUAUUUGGUCUCUGUCCAGCUCAUGAUGAUUUCUACUUGGUGGUGUGUAACAACUGUAACCAGGUUGUCAAGCCGCAGGCAUUUCAGUCUCAUUACGAAAGAAGACACGGCUCAUCCAGCAAGCCCUCUGCGGCCAUCCCUCCCACAUCAGUGUUUUCCUUCUUCCCUUCUCUGUCCAAAAGCAAAGGCGGCAGCGCAGGUGGAAGCAGCCGGUCUUCCAGUGCAGGUGUCCUGCGCGCAUCGUCACCGAGUUCCAAGGUGUUGAAAUUGCCCAAAGAGAAACUGCAGCUCAGGGGGAGCAUCAGGCCCAUGAACCCCGCCCAGCAGACUCAAGUCCCCCAUAGUAGACUUAUGACGCCCUCUGUGAAGGUGGAAAAGACGCACCCGAAGAUGGACGGCACACUACUGAGAUCUGCAGUGGGGCCGACCUGUCCUGCUACUGUGAGUUCCUCAGUCAAGCCUGGCCUUAACUGCCCCUCAAUACCAAAGCCAACCUUGCCUUCACCUGGACAGAUACUGAACGGCAAAGGGUUUUCUGCACUGCUCAUGCUGGACAAGAAAUCUGAAGACAGUUCCAACAACAGGAAAUUUUUAAAUAAGAGAUUGUCCGAAAGAGAGUUUGAUCCUGACAUCCACUGUGGGGUCAUUGAUCUUGACACCAAGAAGCCCUGCACCCGCUCUUUGACAUGCAAGACACAUUCCUUAACACAGCGGAGAGCUGUCCAGGGUAGAAGAAAACGAUUUGAUGUGUUAUUAGCCGAGCACAAAAACAAAACCAGGGAAAAGGAAUUGACUCGCCAUCCGGACUCUCAGCAACCGCCGCAGCCUCUCAGGGACCCGCAUCCCACCCCCCCUAGAGCGUCGCAGGAGCCACAGCAGAACCCUCAUGGAGUGGUUCCUUCUGAGUCAAAGCCUCUCGUAGCUAGUAAACCUAAACCUCACACCCCUAGUCUUCCAAGGCCUCCAGGCUGCCCUGUCCAGCAAGGUGGGAGUGCCCCCAUUGACCCUCCACCAGGACACGAGUCUCCACACCCUCCCCUGCCUGCCACUGAGCCAGCUUGUCGGUUAUCCAGCGAGGAGGGCGAAGGCGAUGACAAAGAAGAGUCUGUUGAAAAACUGGACUGUCAUUAUUCAGGUCAUCAUCCUCAGCCAGCAUCUUUUUGCACAUUUGGGAGCCGGCAGAUUGGAAGAGGCUAUUACGUGUUUGACUCCAGGUGGAACCGGCUUCGCUGCGCCCUCAACCUCAUGGUGGAGAAGCAUCGGAACGCCCAGCUGUGGAGGAAAAUCCCGCCCGUUCCCUGUGCCACGUCACCUGUCUCUGCACGUGUUCCUCACCGGACAAACUCUGUGCCGACAUCGCAAGGUGGGAUUAGCUAUCACUCAGCAGCCUCCGCCUCUACAUCCCCAGUCCUGCUGCCGUCCGCCUGCGUCUCCCCCAGUAGCAAGUCAGCACCAGCGCAUGGAACCACCCUGAACGCACAGCCUGCUGUGUCUGGGGCAGUGGAUGCUGUGUGCAGUGUGCAGCCCCGGCAAGUGUCCUCUUCAUCCUCAUCCCCCUCCACACCCUCUGGCCUCUCUUCAGUCCCUUCCUCCUCUAUGUCCAGGAAACCUCAGAAGUUAAAACCCAGCAAGUCUUUAAGGCCCAAGGAGUCUUCUGGUAACAGCACUAACUGUCACAACGCCAGUAGCAGUACCAGUGGCGGCUCAGGAAAGAAACGCAAAAACAGUUCCGUACUGUUGGUUCAUUCUUCCUCCUCCUCCUCCUCUUCCUCUUCUUCUUCUCAUUCCAUGGAGUCUUUCAGGAAAAACUGUGUGGCUCAUUCUGGGCCUCCCUACCUGUCAACAGCAGCAUCUUCCCACAGCAUCAGCCUCAAUUGUGUGACAAAUAAGGCCCACUCGGUGAGCCUGAGGCAUGAGCCGACAGGGAGGGGCCCUCCCGGAGGGAGCCCCACAGAGUCCAUCAAGAGGAUGAGUGUGAUGGUGAACAGCAGCGACUCCACGCUUUCUCUUGGCCCAUUCAUUCAUCAGUCCAGCGAAUUACCCAUCAACUCCCACAGCAGUUUUUCGCACUCGCACACUCCUCUAGACAAACUCAUAGGAAAGAAAAGAAAGUGCUCACCAGGCUCCAGCAGCGUCAGCAACAAUAGCAGCAAACCCACCAAGGUUGCCAAGUUGCCAGCCAUGAACAACGUCCACACGAAACACACAGGCGCCAUCCCAGGGGCACAAGGACUGACGAACAGUUCCCUCCUUCAUCAGGAUACCUCCUCACCUUGCUCACGAGCAGGAAUUUCAGCAGCAGCACCCCAGAGCCCUGACUUAAAAUCCAAAGGCACGUCCCUGACAGCUGACAGCAUCACGGGGAGGAAUAAUCCGGACCCUUUUGAGGACAAGUUACACCUCCGCUCAGCACUCUGGACUCCACGAUGCCUUUGAGUCACUUUCCCCAAACUCCUGUGGGCCUCCAGGGUCACCUGGGGCUGUUGUUUCACGAGGCUUCCCCGAAGCUGUGUCUGCAGCAGUGAGUACUCAUCAAGGACACUGGGCCGCGCUCAGCCACCGGAUUGCUGGUGUCAGUGUUAGAGUGGUCUGGACUGCUUGCUACCAAUCUGUGAGAAGUUUCGUUUGUGUUUGUUUUCUUUAACUUGCAGUAUAUCUCAGAGUUCUGGGCAAAAGAACGUAGAUGCUCCUCCCUUUCAAUUUCUUUCUCUCUCUUCUUUUUAAUACACUGUCUCCUGUAGCUCGCUACUCUUCAGUAGGUAGGGCAUUCUGACUGGAGGUAUUCCAGAGGGGAGCGAGCUGCGCCAUUCUGGGCUUUAGACUUUAUAGCAAUAUCCCAGGAGUAGAAUGUGAACAUUGGUUAUGACACAGUAAGCUUGUCAAAACCUUGAAAGUGAAGACCUGCUGAAGCUAUGGAUGCCCAGAUGUCAGUGUAAGCCAUACUGGGUCGCAAGAGCAAUUCUGUAUGGUGAAAAGAGAGAGAGAGAAGCAAGCAAGAAAACUAGUUUUGAUGAUGAAAAGGCAGAUCGGCAGAGGGUUGGAAGAGAUAAAAAUCAUAAACGAGGGAGGGAAAACUUGUGCAAGAUUUCCAGAGGUGGGAUUUUCUUGUUAAGUCUCAUGUUAAGCUUUCCAUCAGAUUGGGUUGCUUGUCUUACCCACGUCUAUUUCAUUGCCUUUUCAAAGAUCAGGAGGAUGUACUUAGUGUCUCCGCCGUUACUCCCACUUCCCCUUUGGAUGCUGGUCCAGAACCCAGUGCAAAUUUCUGCCUCCAGAGCUGCUGGCGUCCACAGUGCGUAUCCGUGCGUCCUCCAGGCCACUGCUGCUCUCUGGGAAGGAGUGGUGGGGCGCAUGUUCACGUGCCUGUGGGGAGACUGUGUGAGGUGACCAGUGUCGUAGGACCGGUGCCAGCCAUCGUCCUUCAGUGGGUCUUGGAACCCUCCCAACAUUUUCCCAAAAGUACCCAAUCCCCAAAGAAGGUUUAAUUUGUUAGAACAGCAUUGCUUGAGUUGAGAAGUUAUCAGUGAACUUUAGGGAUGGCCUGGGGCCUUUUACUGGGUGAUUCCACCACCACAGCUCCUGAACAGAGAACCAGGCCCUCUGGCGUAGGAGAGCACAGAGUGGCCAAAUACAGGGUAAAUUUCCAAGGCUCUGAUCAUUGCCUGAGCCAAGGCCUGGACAGAGCCAGUCCGUGCAUCCUUUUCCCCUACAAUUCUUAGGUUACAACCUUCAGUUUCAGGGAACUUCAAGUCAACAACAGGUAGAAUGAAUAAAUACUUGGUUACCAGCCUAAUAAUGUGAAUUGCUACAGAAUUAUUCUUAUUAUGUAAGAAAAUGGACUUUAUGCAGAGACUUUAGCUAUAAAUUGAUGUAAAAUAUUGAUUUUUUAAAGGGAGGGGAAACACUCUUGUUCACUUAUUAUGCAAUCAGUUGGUAAAUGUGUUUAAGAUGAUGCUACUGGGAACAGGAAGGAGGGAGCAUGCAUGGGCCGAUGUGGAAACGUUAGGAGAGAUCAGUCUCCUGGGCUGUUCCAUCCGAUGAGGGAAGAGAAGGCAAGAGGGAAUCAGCUCCUAGUGAUUCCUCGCUGACAAGUGCAAUGGCGGUGGGGAGAGUGUCUUUUCAGAGCCAAGGGGAUUUGAUGGUCAUAGAUUAGGUUGCUUCCAGUGAUGGGACUUAUGCACAGAUCAUGUUCUGAACGGUUGGAGUAGCAUCCGCAAUAGCAAGUUGAUUCCGAAUUAUGUAGAUUUUCUUAGAUUAGCGAGUGGUGAUCCUUGGAUUUCUUAGACUGGUUCAAAUUGAGUUUCACUAUGUCUCCCGGUAAUACACAGAGCAUCGGGAUUAGGAAAUUAGCCAUUUUGGAUUCUGCCUGCCACAAACAGACUUACUCUAAACAGUGCUAUUAAAUUUUAGACUGUUCAAAUAUUUUAUUUUCUCUGAUAACUACUUUUUAUGAUGACAAACAAGUAAGACCAUUUAAAACACGGGAGUACAAGUAUUUUUUGAAUUAAAUUAACUUGCAAAAACCAAAUUUGCAGUGGAUAGGUUGUUUCUAGACAGACUUUGGUAUCAAUUUAAAACCAAGAUAAUUUUUAUAUUCUUUCCAGUAGAAUUCAUGACAACUUCUGCAGUUUUCUUACCUACCAAACAAGUGCUGCAAUGAAGAACAAAGAAUUGUACAAAACCUACUUUUGUACUUUAUUUUGGGAUUCUUGUUCUAUUAUAAAUAUGGAAGUAUCCCUAUUUCAGAAGACAUAUUUUGUUAGAAAUGAAUUGUACAUAUUUAAAUAUGUAUUUUUGCACAGGUCUUUUUUUCUGAUAUCCUGUUUUGGUACAAUUGAGAUCAUCUAGUAUUUAUUUAUUAAUUAAUAAAAGUAAAUACCUUUUUAUAAUUUGAAGUGGUUCACUGCCAAGCCAAUAGUUCUAGAACUGCCUCCUUUACCAUUUAGGGACACCUCUGAGAGUUCCAGGAAAGUCUGUGUCCCUUGGCGUCUCGGGGUGGGUUCAUGCCGAUGAAGUGGGCAUUGCUUCUCCCAGCUGCCUGGCUCCCGACAGACUACGCGUAACAAAGUGACACACUGCUUUCUUUCGUUAGUUCUAUGUAUGCGAGAGUGUUUGCGCGCAUGUGUGUGCCUGUGGUAUACACGCUGAGUACAUGUGUGUUAUUAGUAUGUGAUGUGGUUUAAAAUAAAUGGAAUAAAACAACUGAAAGUGCCUGAACUGAGUUUUAAGCUUAAACAGACUCUCUUUAAAAAAGACUUGAAUGCGCAGUUGGACUUCUGGAGUUUGCUUUUUUCCACCUAAAUGUUUUUUUCUAAAGUUUUAGAGGAAGGAGUUGAAAACCACAGGGGCUGGUAAUUUUUAAGGGUUUUAAAUGAAGACCUUUGGGUCCAUAGUGCUUCAGCUGGUGAGGGACUGUCCAGCCGCACCAAGGGCCACAAGUCUGUCAGCCAGCAGCUUACAUGAUAUGUCUGUGUCUGUUUGCUAUUCUCUCAUAAAUACAGUUAUGAUAGAAUAUUUAAAAUAUUUUGUAUUCCAAAAAUACAAUGCAAAGUACCUCUGAGAACAUUGAAAAAUGUGUAAUUUGAAGAAAAAUGUAACUAUAAAGGCAGCUGUCUUCCUGCUAAGAGUUCUGUUGCCAAGGAAUUUCUGUCUCUCAUUCUGUCCUGGGUGGGGAAAAGUUGGGCUUUGAAAAAUGAUUGUUAAAAGUUUUAUUGUUUAGAAGAUCACUUUUACAUUUGUGUAAAACAUUUUACUUUCAGAUCACUUAAAUGAGCACUACAUACUGUCAGGGGAAUGUAGGGCCUGGAAAGAAGUUUGCCAUUUUUAGCUUGGUCAUAGAAGCAACUCCUGCGUGAAGCGUGUGGGUACCGGAUACCGCGUGCACAUAAGCCAGAGCGUCUCAGCGGGACUUCGUGUUGGCUGCUGUAUAGAACAUGAGCAAAUGUCAAGGGAUAGAAAAUUACUUUGGAUAUUUAAAAGAGAAGAAAUAUAUAGUCUAUUUGUUUUGUAACAAGUUUCUGUAAAUAAAAUAAUUUAUACUAUUUAUAAGAAAAAGUUGUGCUUUGCUUUAUGAGAAAUUAGUUUGUAGAACAAACAUGUUACUAAACGGGCAAUAAAAUUAGGACUUCUCAAUAAAUAAGGUUGGCUGAAUGAAA